GUGAUUCGUGAUUACAUGAGUGCGUUUCGGAGUGCAGUCAUUGAAUGACGUAUUAUUUGACUUUACGGCAAACGUGGUACAAAGAUAAAGUUGAUAAAAUUGAUUGAAAAUUAUUGUUUAUUCAUACCAAGAAUAAAGAUCUGAAGCGAACAAUUCGCGAAUUAAAAUAAGGAUUUUUAACAUUUGUUUUGGGUACUCGCGUACCCUUUUAUUGACAGAAAAGAGGUACUCUUUUUGUACAAUACACGUGGCCGGCUAUCGUCAAAUUGUCUUUCAUCAGUCUCCUUUCGACAAAAAUCGUUUUCCGAAACGUUAUUUUGUUUUGUUAAUCUGAAUUCUUCUCUCGAGAGCAAAGUGUUUUGUUGGCGAGAAUUUAUUUCCAACAAAAUCAACUUGGUCAUCUCUGCGUGCUUAACAAUGGCAGAUAUAUCAACGAAUAUGGGUAUCACGCGAAAAAUGUCCUUCGGUAUCAAUAGUAAAUUCAAUGGCAUCGAGAGUAAGACGCCUUUUUUGAUAGGCGUUUCUGGUGGCACUGCAAGUGGAAAAUCCACAGUAUGCAAGCGUAUAAUGGAGAAAUUGGGACAAGUAGAUAUGGAUCACCAGCAGCGUCGAGUAGUCUGUAUAUCACAAGACAGUUUUUAUCGUAACCUAACACCUACUGAGAAAUUGAAAGCUGAGAAAGGACAAUACAAUUUUGAUCAUCCUGAUGCGUUUGAUGAUGAUUUAAUCUUACAAACACUACAGGAUAUACUUGCUGGAGUCAAGUGUGAAAUACCAGCUUAUGACUAUAGAACAAACAGUUUAAUGAAAGAUCAAGUUACCACGAUAUAUCCUGCUGAUGUAGUGCUAUUUGAAGGAAUAUUGGUAUUUUACUUCCCCAAAAUUCGUGAUUUAUUUCACAUGAAAUUAUUUGUAGAUACUGAUUCUGAUACUAGGCUUGCAAGGAGAGUGCCAAGAGACAUAAAGGAACGUGGAAGGGAUUUGGAUUAUGUCCUAAAUCAGUAUAUGAACUUUGUAAAACCAGCUUUUGAAGAAUUCUGCUUACCAACAAAAAAAUUUGCAGAUGUUAUAAUACCAAGAGGAGCAGAUAAUACAGUGGCAAUAGAUCUAAUAGUGCACCACAUCUGGGAUAUUUUGCGUUUGAAAAAGGCCGAAAACUCAACCGGGCAGCAUCCAUUCUUCUACCAGCAUAGGCGUACCUCGGCCUCAUCCGACACACUCAGCAGAUGACUUAAGCAUGAUAAGCUCACUCUGUCAGGCACUGCAUUUUUUUCUACACACCAUACCCUUAUGUAUGACUGAAUACACACAUGCUGCUAAUUCUUUUUUAUUUUAAAUGUUUGAAUAGAAGAGUAAUGUCCGUUUUGUAAUGCGGAAUUAUUAUUCGCACAUUUCAAUUAUCAAUAUAAUUUAAAAACAGAUAGAUUGAUAAAUGAAUGAUAGAUGGUCAAACAAACAAAAGAAGACACAAGUGAAUGUGAUAUUUUUAUUAUAAUAUUGAAACAAUGUCCAUCUGUUGUCUUGCAACAGAUAUUAAAUUUUCAUGCAAGA